CAUGCUCAGGAUAUCAUGUUCUAAGUACAAAAUUAUUGAAGUGUAACUUGUUUUUAUUUAUAAAUUAAUUACUGGAUGCAUGUAGAAAGUCUAUUGUAUUAAAUCCAAAAUGGUAACAAAACGCUCAAUAUCGUGGUUUUUAACGGAUUCGGGUAGAAAGUUUUCUUACGCAGUAGUCACUGGAACUGGUAUAGCAUUGACUACCGCAAAAUUUGCACCUCACACUUUCUUGCUAGAUAAAUAUAAAGACUUUGUUCACUAUUACAGUAAUGGGCAGCCCGUUGAAUUACCAAAGAAUCUAUGUGAUCAAUAUCAAAAGUGUCUAGAUGUACUUAAAGUUCCAGAUAUACACAGGAAAUAUCUGUCACCAUUUAGUGUAUUUGGAUAUGAUCUAUUUCAUGCUGGCAGUACAAGCUCAAAAUUUGGUGGCGCUAUAGGAAUACCUGUUAAUUUUUCAUACAAAUCUCUAGUUGAUUUAGAAAAUCAUGGUAUAGAGGUUAAUUUAAAGAAAGUAGACUGGUCUUCUGAAACUGGAAAGAAAUUAGCAGAUGCCCUUAUUUUACCAGACAAAGUCAAAGAAUUUGCAAUAUGUAGGGAAAUAUUAAUGACUCAAAAUAAAAAAGUGUUUUAUGAGUCUGCAUAUCCAUUUACAUGUGUGUUCUUUGUAUAUAAUCUGGCUCAGUAUAUUUGUCGUAAAUAUAACUUUUAUGCUGCUCCUACAAUUAUUAGGGCUACAUUAUACAGUAUUUUAGGCGUUUUUGGAUUAGGAUCCUAUUUUCUUAUGAAAGAUGUAACAGAGGUAUAUUAUGAAACUGAAGUCGAUAAAAAGUUGUGUGAGUUAGGACCAGAAUUUAUUGAAAGUGGAGUAACAUUUUAUAAUAAACUACUACAAAGGAACCAGGCCUUAAGGGAGCUUAUGGGAAAAGAGGGAGAAAAUAAAUAUAGUAAGUUGGGUAAUGAAAAUUUUGGCAUCCGGCAACCUCGCUUGGCAUUAGUGCAUCGAAAACAGUUCUUUGAAGAGAGAUUGUGUGAGUAUAAAGAAAUCGAAAACACCAAGCAAGAAUAAGAUUGAAUAACUCAACAUUAAAAUGAUUUAAGAGUGUGAAGUAUAUUUUUAUUGUUAAUUUAAUUUAAUAGUGAAAUUUAAUAG